AGAGAACAAUCCCGAUUACACAUUCCUAUUGGCUCUCAUUUCUUUCACCUGACUGACUUCAUCCCCAUAUACCAUUUUCUCAUAGCACCAUAUCCCCGUUGCAAAUCAGGUCUUUUGCUUAGUAAUCUUUGAACGUUUGAUCAAUUCAACUCCUCCCUUAGGUCUAACAAGAAUCUGCAUCAAUGGCAGCCACAAUAUCUACCAUGGCUAUGCUCAAUUCUAAGUGCUUAAGCACCAACACCAAGUGUUUUAAGCCUACCACAAGACCAGUUUCUCUUGUCUCCAACCAGAACCUCCCAAAAGGCCUUGCCUCCUCGAAAUUGCCAGAAAACUCUGGUCUGUUGGCCGGAACCGCCCUUGCUGGUGCUGUUUUCUCGACAUUGAGCGCGUGUGAUCCUGCCUUUGCUGCACAACAGAUUGCUGAGAUAGCCGAAGGUGAUAGUCGGGGACUAGCACUUCUGAUUCCGAUCAUUCCGGCCAUAGCUUGGGUACUCUACAACAUCCUGCAACCAGCACUUAACCAGAUCAACAAAAUGAGAAGCGCCAAAGGAGUUAUUGUCGGACUCGGUCUAGGUGGGCUUGCCACGUGGAGUUUGAUGCAGCCAUCUGAUGCAUCAGCUAGUGAAAUUGCUAUGAUUGCUGAUGCCGCGAAUGACAACAGGGGCCAGCUUUUGCUGUUUGUCAUCACUCCAGCCAUUCUGUGGGUGCUGUACAACAUUUUGCAACCAGCUCUGAACCAGAUCAACAAGAUGAGAUCAGAGUGAGCGAUAUAUCGUUGUACCGUAUAAUUACAUGUAAUUGCACCAGUAUAUUAAUGGAUUUUCACUUGAACAUUUUCCACUUUUGGACCA